GUCACGUGACCUGUAUAUACAUAUAUAGUAGUUACAAUAGGACGAUAUCGGCUUUAUAUAGUUUUCAGUUAAUCGAAAAGGAAUGAGGAAACAAAGCUUGACAUACACUUUUAUGACAUCUGGUAUCAUGUGACUUGUAUACGAUGAUAUCGGCUUUUUUUUUCAUAUAAUCUAAAAGGAAUAAAGRAAAGAAACCUCUAAAAAGGAUGCUAAUUCGCACGACCAGUCUAUCAUUUAUGACUUAACCCUUAUCAACCCAUUCAAACAGGUGUACGAUUUAGAAAUAAAGAGGCCGGUACGACGUCAGCGGAAGUGACAAUGCGAUACUUUGACAUGAUUUAAGGCUUCUCUGCGGGGAAAGAAAGAACAUUCUCUAAACCUGAUUGAGUUCAAUUCGAUUCAACAAGCACUCCACUAUACUCGGAGAGUAUAGACUUCCUAAUCAUAGGAUUGAGCUGUAUAGGACUUCAGUUUUUUAUAUAGAGUGCGGCUUCAAAAACUUCUACGACACUUCAUUGACUGCAGGUAGCCGACUAUAGAUGAUUCGGCUUUGAAUGCCGGGAUGGCUUGCUUAUUCAAAGUGUUUGUCAGUACACCGUCUAAUACCGCUGCUUCUACAUUCUAAACUGAACUUCCUUUGUGCAUGGUCAAGCGAAGUGCCAGCAUCUGAUAACAAUACGGCCUGAGUAGCGAGAGAAGAGGUUCUGAGUAGCGAGAGAAGAGCUUGCUUUAAGUGCUUAUCAGUUGAUUCAAGAAAAGACACAUUUUUUCUUCUAAACAAGAAAACAGAAUCAGUUAACUGAUCAGGUGAAAACUGGUCAAACCUGUUUAGCAACACGAUGUCGUACCAAGUCCAUCCCCGCUCAACCACGUGGGUUGUGCUAGAGUCUAUUGCCUUGGUGACGUUAAACAUUAUCAUCUUCUUCGGAAAUUUCAUAAUUUGUCUCGUGAUUUACAAAAGCAAACGUCUACGAACGAUGACAAAUAUGCUUGUGGUCACUCUGUCGAUCAGUGACUUGAUAACUGCCUCUAUCACCUUACCUAUGGCGGCUGCUACAUCGAUCCUCAGGCGAUGGAUCUACGGAUCGAUUGGAUGCCAGGUGUUCGGGUUUUGCAGCAAGUAUCUGGUGCAUGUUUCUUUAUAUAUAAUAACCCUUAUUGCCCUAAAUAGAUACGUUCGUAUCAUCAAGCCUUCUUUAUACAAGAAAGUUUUCACCCUCAGAAGAUCUGUAGCACUUUUAGCGUUCAUUUGGGUUAUGCCUGCCUUGGUUCGUAUAAUACCAAUCCUGACUUCCUCAGCACGGUUUGUCUUCGUUUCGCACACAGCAACGUGUAUUCUCGCGUUCUACGAGAAGAAGUCCCAGUUCCCUUACACAGUGUUCGCAACACUCGUCUUCAUCGCGCUUCCAAUGUUGGUUAUUAUAGUCUGCUAUGCCGCUGUGACGCGACACGUGCGCAAACACAGACAGCGCAUAUCAAGUGUUAGAGGAGACCAAGGAGAUUUGGGUGUCAGUAUCGAGGAGGUGAAAGUAACUCGCACUUUAUUCGCCCUGGUGUUCACAUUUAUACUGUGCUGGCUCCCUGUGUCUGUGGCGCUUAUAUUCGUCAAGUCAGCCACAGGUAGCAUCCCAACACUAGCAGCAAGAGUGCUGAGCUGUUUGGUUGCCCUUAGUAGUGCCAGUACCCCGUUUGUCUAUGGCGUGUUAAACAGACCUUUCAGGAAAGAAUUCAAGAAAAUACUUCCACUUUGUUGCAGGGGUAAUAGAACCUUCGACAGUGAGUCUGCGUGGAACCUGGGGCUUAACGCACGUGAUUCGGCAAGGAAUCGUCAGGGGCCUGGAAACCAGUCUUCAAACUCUGCUGAAAAUAAAUGUAGCCCCUGAACUGCAUUUUGAACACCCUUAGUUACACCCUUAGUUACACUGAACGACUCGUUGAGUCAAGAGCUUAUCUUAUGCUUCUUAGCCAAUGAGAGGAGAAAACUGUCAAGUGCCCUAGAAACAAACGACCAAUGGAAAUGAACCAAAGAUACACUGCGAACGAGCAAAGAAGAGCAGAACGCUCAAGUGCCUGAGGAGAAAGCUUAAUCAAGUGCCCUAGAAACAAAAAGCUGAUGAAAGCCAGGUACACUGGGAAUGAGCCAAUGAGAGCUUCUGCCCUAGAACCAAACAGCCAAUGGAAACCAGCCAGGUAACUGGGAAUGAGCCAAUGAGAAAAGAAGUACGCUGAAGUGAGCUAGAAUAUUCCCCCGUAUAACUCUAGGAUGUACCUAGAAAAGUUAAACAUUCUUUCCUUUGCUGAACUGUUACUAUGUAUGGCAAUCGUCAAUAAUCAUUUUAAUCAGAUGUGAUUGUGGGGGGUGUAAAAUAUUGUAUCAAUUUAUUAUAAUUACUUAUCUCUCAUAACUUUUGGUACUACUAUAAAUGCCCAUAAAGGUCUCCCGCUCAUAUUUUAUCUAUUACAUAAAGGCCAUGUUCCUGAAUCUGGAUUCUUGUAAGUAUAAAUAAAGACUUAGAACAAUG